ACCAGAUCACAGGUACACUGCGGUCCGCUCUAAGCAAGAUGAGGCCGUAUCUACCCUGCUACCUGCACUCUGUGUCUCCUUGUGGUUUUCAGCAGGAUGUCUAUUUGAUGUAAGUUUGUUGUUCUUACAAUCUUUACUUGUUGCCACUGACAAUUUGCAGCCGUAAACCUACUCUAUGUGUAUAGUUAUCUGAAAUCAAGUUCCAAACCACAACGACCUGCUAAUGAACUCUGUUUCAACAGUCUGAGUUAACAAUCUCAGUCCAGGGGGAGGGACAAGUUAGUGAUGAUGUCAUGGGAGAAUUUUCAGUACAUUCGCAAUCAGACAUCUAUGGUGAGGCACAAGGACUACUGUAGGGUCCUCUGGAAAGAAGACCAAAAGAGGAGGAACCUCCUUUUGAUAGAUUCCCUCCUAUGAGAACAACAUUCACCAGAGAGUGAUUGGCUGAGGUUUCCAAUCAGUGCAGUGGAUGUUUCUGUGAAUGAUAGGGAAUGAGGCUGCCAUGCAAUUGAUUUGUUUUAUCCUGUCAUCUAAUUAAAUGACUUGGUCAAAAGAGUAUAUGUUAUCUUUAGCGGCACUUAUGCAAUGGAGACAAGAUAGUCUACAUCAAACGCACCUGAAAAAGUGACUGCGAGAACACAAAUGGUAAACAAAUAGAAAAUGACAUUUUCACAAAGGUCUUGACCAGAGUGAAUUGGAGAAAUACAAACCACAAUUUCUUGCAAGACCAUUCAGGAGUCAGAGUACAAUACAAGACCAAAGGUUGUCUGAGUGAGGCGUAAACAAAAAUGACGCGUCCAGUUCGACCAAUCACCAAUGACCCCAUUGUUGAAGUGUUGUACACAUGGUUAGACUUUUUCCACUCAAGGUGACACCUUCAAAGAUGAUCACACCGUGUGUGAUAUUUCUCCUCCUUAAACAAAUAGAUCAUGUUCCAGCUGUAGCACAAUCCCCAGCCAUUCGUCUCAUAUCACCCAAUGUUGGAGACACAGUGACUUUGCACUGUUUCUAUGAAGGUGACAUGGCAGUAACAUUCUCCUGGUACAAGCAACCCUUUGGAAAUAUUCCUCGCGUCAUGUCAACAUUUUUUUUUAAGUAUGAUAGUGGCGCUACAUUCUACCAUGAAUUUAAAGGUAACCCUCGCUUCUCAGUGGAAAGUGACGAAGGAAAAAAUCACCUAAGAAUCUCAGACAUGGAACUCUCUGAUUCCGCUUUAUACUACUGUGGGAGCGCUUAUGGAAACAAGGUGGAGUUUGGAGAAGGAACCAUUCUCAUUGUGAAAGGUUCAGAGUCCAACAGUAAGACAGUUGUGCAUCAGUCUGUCUCUAAAUCAGUCCAGCCAGGAGACUCUGUGUCUCUAAACUGUACGAUACACACUGAGACCUGUGCAGGAGAACACAGUGUCUAUUGGUUCAGACAUGGCUCAGGAGAAUCCCGUCCAGGAAUAAUUUACUCCAUUGGAGACCGAAGUGAUCAGUGUGAGAAGAGCUCUGAGGCUGAGUCUUCCACACAGAGCUGUGUCUUCAACCUCCCCAAAAGGAACCUCAGCCUCUCUGAUGCUGAAACUUACUACUGUGCUGUGGCCUCAUGUGGGGAGAUAGUGUUUGGGAACGGGACCAAGCUGGACAUUGACCAUGGUUGUAAGGAGGACCAUCUUCUGUUCAUGUAUUGCCUUGGCGCAGCGUUGGGUCUGUGUGUCCUCCUCAUCAUUGUCCUUACUUGUGUUUUGUACAAGAUGAGCAAGUGCAUAGGAACCCACCUUCAGCCAAGUACUCCUGCAGUCCCCAGUCAUUAUAACCAGGAUCAAGGUGUUGACACACUCCAUUACGCCGCUCUGAACGUCGUCCACAAGAAACCAAAGUCCGGGAGACAGAGGAGCGCCACGGAGACAGACACUGUACUCUGGUGUGACUCCGGGAGACAGAGGAGCGCCAUGGAGACAGACACUGUGUACUCUGGGGUGACUCCGGGAGACAGAGGAGCGCCAUGGAGACAGACACUGUGUACUCUGGGGUGACUCCGGGAGACAGAGGAGCGCCAUGGAGACAGACACUGUGUAGUCUGGGGUGACUCCGGGAGACAGAGGAGCGCCAUGGAGACAGACGCCGUAUACUCUGGGGUGACUCCGGGAGACAGAGGAGCGCCAUGGAGACAGACACUGUGUACUCUGGGGUGACUCCAAAACACGUGAACUUUUCCUCUUUAAUAACUUGAAUUGAUUUUGUGUGUUCUACACUGUAUGUAUAAUUAUGGGUUUUUUAGUGUGUUACAAUGACUUGUAAUCUGCCAAGCUCAUUUUCACAUUGAUACUGUUGUUAAAUUUUGAUUGAAUAAAACAUUAAACUGCUUUCAUAGAGA